CCAACCCCCGACAGGAAAGCCAGUCUCGAAAGUUGCCUCGAGGACCACACAGCUAGCGACAUGCCAUAGGAUGGACUCCCCACGUAGUCGGGACUCGAGCGAGCCGGCCGUCGACCCUGCGCAUCCUUUCAAGGGCGUUGUCGUGUGCUGCACAAGCAUCCCGCCAGACCAGCGAACACAAGUAGCCACAAAGACUGAAGAACUCGGAGGCAUCCACAAGUACGAUCUAACACCCGACGUAACACAUCUUGUUGUUGGAGACUACGACACACCCAAAUACCGCCAUGUCGCCAAAGAACGAACUGAUGUCAAGGUCAUGGAUGCCAAAUGGAUCGAUGCAGUAGGAGAUCUAUGGAUGAAGGAUGCUGAUAUUGACUUUGCGGCCCUCGAACGAGAGUGGCAGCUCAUGCCGCUGGAGACCUGUGGCCAUGUCGUCGAUGCAGCCGAUUCUACUGAAGCUAAGCGCGGGAGUCUGUUGCUUUGUAUGACAGGCUUCGACGAUCCCGAUCAACGCAACAGCAUCAUCGACAAAAUUACCUCCAACGGCGGCGCAUACACCGGCGACCUAACGAAACGAGUCUCGCACCUGAUUGUCCGAAAACCCGAGGGAAAGAAGUACAAGGCCGCCAGAGCAUGGAACAUCCGCACCGUAUCACUGGCCUGGCUCGAGCAGAGCAUCGAGCGCGGCCUGAUUCUCGACGAGCAGUGUUUCGACCCCGUCCUGCCGGCCGAUGAGCAAGGCCAAGGCGCCUGGAACAGAGUUACACCAAAGAAGGCAUCCGCAGGGAAACGACCGAGAUCGGGCGCCGGCGAGGUUGGCCAGAGGAAGCUCAGGAAAACAGCCAGCAUGAAGCUCAGCAGCCAGCGAGACAUGCUUUGGGGAGAUAUCCUCAGUAACAAGCCCUCGGGCGAGUCCGCCGGGCCUGGUGAUACGGCGGACAGGAUUGAGGUUCAGGAUUCUGGCAUCCACGAUCGAAUGAUCCAGCCUGCUCCUGACGCGGGCAUUUUCUCCCCAUGCUCUUUCUUCAUGUCUGGAUUUGAGCCAUGGAAAUCCAAGAUUCUGGCCGAGACCAUAGUAUCCCUAGGUGGGCAAGUCUGCAACUCCUUCGAAGAACUUUCCACCAAAGGCUACGAGGCGAGGCCAGCCCGCAGGCUUUUGAUUGUCCCGCAGGAAUCCCAGCCUUCAACGCACCUUCGAGUUCCGCCCGAGCACAUCGACAAGAUCCAAGUCGUGACCGAGUUCUUCAUCGAGCGAUGUUUGCAUAACAAAGCUUUCCGCGACCCAGAUAAUCACAUUCUAGGUCGUCCGCUGCCCGUCUUUCCCAUCAAAGGUUUCAAGGAUAUUUCCAUCUGCACAGCGGGAUUUGGUGGAAUCGAUCUGCUGCAUGUAGAAAAGGCAAUCACACAAAUCGGUGCCCAAUUCGCAUCAAGGCUAAAUGACACGACCUCGGUGCUGGUGUGUAGAGCGCUCGCGGAAACGAGGAAAGAGAAGCUCAAAUUGGCCAUCGACAAUGACAUCCCGGUCGUCAGCUCGGAGUGGCUUUGGGAGUGCAUGACAAUAGGUUACAAUGUGCCCAUCAAGGGAUUCAUGUUUGCUGAGCUAGACCAGCCAUCUAGUCUCCAGCCCAAACCAAAGGCCAAAGAGACAACUAGGGAGGAUAUGAAGCAGGCUUUCCAAAGGACAAGGUCUGAGCCCGUGCCUCAAGCUUCGAGGAAGCCAGCCGCAAGACACUCUACAGUUGCGGGUGGAAUCGACACGACAGCCUUCCAAGACGAUGAAGGCAGACGGAAACCUACCGCACCAAACACAAAGGUUCCAGCCGCUAGGGAGUCAUCGGAAUCGGUUUUCGCACACCCCGAGAGGACAGUCGCGAAAGCUGAUUCGACCGCCUCUCUCCCGUUCCAAACGGCCAAGACACAUCAGGCAGACAGUUUCGGUGCUGGAACUGUGGCACCGCCCUUGACAGAUGUACCGCCCAGCGAGUUGAACGCGGAGCGGCCAGUCAUACAACGGGCGGGUCUGGUCAGAACCACGAGCGUGGCCGACAGCCUAGAUGCGACCCCUAUUUCUCUAACUGAAGCGCACGCUCCUGUUGAGGCCGAGGGUGGCGCUGAUCCAGCCGCCGAGGAAAGCCAGGCCGAGACGAGAUCAAAAGAGGACGACGAGGCGGAACGGAAACGUCAACGGGACGCAAUGAAGGAUGCUGAGAAAGAAGACCUCACCUCCAAACUCGCAACUCUUAUCGAGUCGAAACCCAGCGGCGAGAAUGCCCCUGACAUGGAAGGCUCAGGCCCACCGCAGCAGCCGACAAGACGGGUCAAACGAAUCUUUGGGCGCGCGGUAAGCAACGCAUCGGCGGCAUCUAGCGGAAGUGCCGAGUCGCGCAUGGACUCGAUGGGCCGGACGGUGGAGGAGAAACCCCAGCAGGAGAAGGAGCAGGAACCGCCGUCGACGCAAAUACAGUACCAAGACCCCGGCGCCCAGCAGCAUCGGGCCAAGAUGAUGAGCAAGAUUGCCAGCGUUGGCGGCGAGGUUUCCGGCAAAGCGGCGGCUGCGCCUCCUGUCGUCAGCCAGCCUGCCAGGAAGAAGAUUUCCACCAUUGGGGGAUUUGAUUUCAGUGACGAGGCCAGGCCCAAUACCAGGCAACUAAGACGCAAGUGAAAAGGUUGUCCGGUUACUACAUCAUCGGUAUUUGUUUAAAACAAGUAGGUUACUUUGGGCGAAUAUUGUUUGGAUUAUAUCAAUCUCGAGAGGAGAAGGGGGGAACGGCCCGCGCGUUUGCGGGAAACGGGCG